AUGCCCGGGACGGGGGAGCACGUCUACUUCGACGACGGCGCGCUGGGCUCACAGGAGGACGGCGUCGUGGACGACGCCGCCAAGCGGGUCCUCGCCGUGAUCCACCGCCUGAACCUGACGAAGUCCCUCAAGUGCAGCCCACCAGCCUGCGAGGAUCAGUUCAUGACGGACGUCACAAGCGACUCACACACGGCAAUGGCGCGAAAGCUGGCGACCGAGUCGAUCGUGAUGCUGAAGAACGAGGGCGGCGUGCUGCCGCUGUCUGGCGCCACCAAGGUGAUCGCGGUGUGCGGCCAGGCCUCCAUCGCCGAGCCCUUCAACCCGAACGGCGACGGCCAGGGUCACGGCGACUGGGGGCAGGAGACUACUACUCCGGGGGCGGCAGCGGCCAUGUCGUGGCCACGGAAGUUGUCAAUGCGUUCGACGGCAUCAACCGCCAGGCCGAGGCCCAGGGCGUCGAUGUCCUCAAGUCCCUGUCGAACAGCCCUGGCGAGUGCAAGGACGGGAUGUCGCCGAGAAGGCCGACGUCGUUUUCGUCGUCGCCGGGACCACGAGCGGGGAGUCCAGGGACCGCGACAAUCUGAACCUGGACGGUGGCGCCGACGAGCUCGUCGAGGCGGCGGGGCAGGCGAACAGCAAUACUGUGGUGCUCAUCCAGGCGCCGGGCACCGUCGUCAUGCCGUGGCACAAGUCGGCCGCCGCCAUCCUCAUGCUCUUCCUGGGCGGGCAGGAGAACGGGGUCAGCGUGGGCCUCGGUGCUGUUCGGGCAGCACGCGCCCACGGGGCGCCUGCCGCUGA